CCCAGAAUCCUCUGCAGCUCGUGCAGUGAACAGGGUGCGGCUCUGGUUCCUAAAAAGGCUGUCUGUCUAAAGAGCUGUUUCUCUUCUCCUGCUUCACUCGUGUUAAUUCUCUCCUGCAGCGCGGAAGUGCAGAAAACUUUUUGAGCUGACUUGAUUCAGAUUGUGUGAAGCGGAAAUAAUUAAAAAAAACAUGUCUGGAAGAGGAACCAUCAAGGCUCAGAGUGGAUUCAAUGCCAAUGCUGAUGCAGAGGCUCUUCGCAAAGCUAUGAAAGGAUUUGGCACUGACGAAGCAGCCAUUCUGCAGCUUCUGACUGCUCGCAGUAAUGCUCAGCGACAGCAGAUAAAGGCUGCCUACAAGACCCUGUAUGGCAAGGACUUGGUGAGUGAACUGAAAUCAGAGCUGACUAGGGAAUUUGAGACUUUGAUUGUGGCACUGAUGGAAACACCUACAAUGUAUGAUGUAAAGUGCCUGAAGAGUGCCAUUAAGGGUGCAGGAACAUGUGAAAAGGUUUUGAUUCACAUCCUGUCUUCAAGAACCUGCAAUGAGAUCCAAGAGAUAAACAAGGCCUACAAGCAGGAGUAUGGUGAAAGUUUGGAGCAUGAUGUGACUGGGGACACUGCUGGGGCCUUCAGGCAACUGCUGGUUAUUUUGCUGCAGGCAAGCAGACAGCAGGGUGUCCAAGAGGCCAACAUACAGAGUGAUGCAAAGGCUCUCUUUGAUGCAGGAGAGAAGAAGUUUGGUACUGAUGAGGAACAAUUUGUCACAAUUUUGGGGAACCGCAGCCAUGAACAUCUUAGGAAAGUAUUUGCUGAGUAUAUGAAACUGUCUGGAUUCCAGAUCGAAGAGAGUAUUACAAGAGAAACCUCUGGACACCUGAAAGAACUGCUGCUGGCUGUGGUUAAGUGUGCCAGAAGUGUUCCUGCUUAUUUAGCUGAGUGUCUGUAUUAUGCAAUGAAGCCUUCUCCACAGGGCACAGGGACUGACGAUCACACCCUAAUCGAGAUCAUGGUAUCCCGUAGCGAGAUCGACAUCCUGGAUAUACGUGCAGAGUUCAGGAGGAUGUUUGCCACUUCUCUGUACAAACUGAUUCAGGGGGACACCUCUGGUGAUUAUUGCAAAACCCUGCUCCUGCUGUGUGGUGGUGAUGAUGCCUAACUCCUUACUGGACCAACGUGAACUGCAGUUAAAUAAUUUGGUGUAUAUCACAAUUUAUUAACUUGU